GUACCUACUACUACGGCACAGAGAGCAGGCAAAGCCCCCCCGUCCUCCUCUUCUAUUCCACUGGCUAUGGCGGCCAUGGCCAUGGAUGCUCGCGCCUCCGACGUCGUCAUUCCCCAAACGCCGCGGCCACUACUCGUGCGGGAGUUAGUAUCAAGGGAUUGUAGUUAGUUCGUGAAUCUUCGGGGUUUGGAGGAGCGAACGGUUGGUUGCCGGAGGAUUAGAAUUUGUUGCAUGGGGUUGCGGAAAUGGCAGAGAAAGCGGGAAUGAAGGGACCUGUUGCACGAACAUUGCUUCUUGUGUUACAUUCUGGGUCAGCUGGAGGCGUCACUUUGCAACCCGAGUGUGUUGAAGGAUUGCUAUCCUAUGUACGCUUAUUUUUUGCUCAACCUCGUUCGGGCAAGUUAUCUACCCUUGCAGCUGCCGGACGAAAAGUUCAUACUGUUACAAGCUGGGAUCCAGGUCAACAAUCAGUUGAAGCUAUUGUGCAAGGACUUGCAGAUUGGAAGGCCGUUGAAGGAGAUGUUGGGUUCAACAUUAAACAUACACUGAUGGAAGUUGCUCAGUUUCUCUAUAAAACGACCGGCAGCUCUGUAGCAGACAUGAAUUCAGCCAAUAAACCGAACCCAAUGUAUGGCUGGGAAGCUUCUGCCAUGCUGCGCUCAAGGCUGUUGGUCAUACUGCCGCAAGAUUCUAGUGCAGGUGGUGGAAUUCAUACAUAUCACAAGUACAUGGAGGAAGCUCUUGCAGGUGUGGGUCUAGCCGAGAUCGAGUUCGAAACAACUUUUCUUGAUAUUUCUGUGUCAAAUUCUGCUGUCAAACCGAUUAUGACAACUGCUGCUGCAAGCGUUCCUGUUCGUCUUUCGACAAUUCACUACAAGCUCCUGCCUAGUCAUGCAUCAAAUCUAUUUAUAGAUCUUGCAUAUUUUCAUCUUGAGCUUUCCGCAAUAGCUGUGAAGGGCAUGCUUCCGUAUCUUCUAGAAACGAGCGGUGAAAAUGCUGAGAAUUUGGCCCUGAAGGAACGAGAGAUAGAAGACGAGCAUAUUGCUGCUCAGGAUACAGUAUUUCGUCUUGUGAUCUGCCAAAACAACUUUUCGCCGGUAAAAGCCUUGAACGAGGUGUCCGUUUAUCCAGGUUCUCCGUUUUUCAGAGAAUCCAGGACAAUAUCUCUGAAUUGUAUGAAGACGACCCUGUCAACAAACCAUCUCUUAGCUCUACCGUGUGCUUCUAUUGUCCCCACACUUCCAGAAGUAUUUCAACGAGGACCAGCUGCUCGGCUCUGGGAAAAUUUAAAGCAUCAUGACAAUGACUCAUUCAUCAUAGCCCUCUCCCUUGAAGAAGAUGAAGGAAAUAUCACACAUUUUUUCACAUGGCGCGAUGGUAGGUUUUGGUUGCAUACCAUCACUAGGUCGGAACAAAAGACUUCUGGUUCAGCGAUUGUUGCAGAUUACAAAGGAAGGGAUGAGAUUCUUGGGGAUAGGGAAGCCGGUGCACAACAAAAGAAUAUUCCCCAAUCAACUCCAGAGGUUGUGGUGACUACACCUCCACGAAGAGUAGGGCAUCUGGAGAAACCCUUCCAUUCUAUUAAGAAACGAAAUCUAGAGGAGGCAGAUGAUAGUGUCCCUUUAAACAGUCCUAUCCAGGCCACAUGGCGUCACAAACGAAGUGCCCCGCAUGCAUCAAAGCAGAUGGAGCGGCCAUCGAGAUGGUUUCCAGGGCCAACCGCAGACUCGAUAGUUGGUAGCGCAGAACGCUACUUUUUACAAUUGGCAUUAUUAAUUUCUCCAAUAAGGAUUGCAUUUGUAACAGAGGAUCCACCAGUUGAAUGUAUCAACAAUGCUUCUAAGUGCAUUGCAAAGCUUUUGGAGCACACGGAAAGCAAUGACAUUUCAUUGUUUCCUUUAACUGUGGACACGCCUUCUGCACGAAGAGAUUUGUAUACAAAUGUCUGGCGUGAGCUUGAUGGCAUGGUUAAGCAGGCAGUUGAUAAGACUCGUGGGCAGGAAGAACUUGCACACGCGAUUGCUAUUGCUGCAGCUGACUUGAGUGUAUUUAAAGAGAGAGCGCCUGUGAUCGCAACACAUCCAGUACCUCCAGAGAAACCAACAGAGUUCGCACCUGUGAAUAAGCGCCGCCGUUGUGAAGAAGUGCCUCGAGACACAUUAGGACGUCCAGUGUUCCCAAUCAAACUAGGGCCAAGUCUUCAAGUGUAUGACCUGGGAAAAAUAGUUUGGAACCGUCCCAACUUCCACAGUGAAAAGUAUAUCUGGCCUGCAGGGUAUAAAAGCCGAAGAGCUUACGCAAGCAUGCUUAAUUCUGAAAAUCGUAUUUUCUAUUGGUGUGAAAUUGUCGAUGAUGGCCAAGCUCCCGAAUUUCGAUUAACUCCUGAGGAUGAUCAGAACAAUCCAGUGGUGGGUAUAUCUGCAACAGCAGUUUGGACUGUGGUUGUAAAACGAGUGGGAGCACUUCGAAUAGAGGAGGGUGGGAAGAAGACGUUCGCGAAUGUUUCAGGGCCAGAAUAUUUUGGAUAUGCAAAUCCAACUAUUGCUAGACUGAUCCAGCAGCUACCAGAUGCAGAAAAGUGCACCAAGUAUAAGCGCCAGGAUUAUCUGCCAAAUGUGCCCAUGAGAUUACCUGAAACAGAAACAGCCCAAGGAGCUGUUAUACCUGAGGGUUCCGACAGCCCACGAAGCAGGGAUUUAGCCUUCCAUAAAACGCCACCUCAUUCACAUCCUGCUGAGGAGGUGAUACAUACCCCCAACCCUAUUCUCCUUCCAAGCCCCGUUCGAGAGAAUUCUGGAGGUGCCCAGUCCUUUCAUGAUGAUGCACCUCCACCUGUGGCAGAGGAGCCAUUGCACUCGCCAGUUGAAGCCAGUUGUAAAGAGGAUGUGAAGCCUCUGUCUUGGUUGACGGAGUUUCGAAUCACUGAAAGGUCGAAAGUGGCUGGAAAGUUGCCGAAGCAAUUUGCAGGCUGUAGUCCAGGUAGUUUGUUCAACCACUACUGGUCUGCUAAAUUAAGGAGAUCACGAAUUGUUGAACUCGAUGGCAGACAGUAGCCCCUUUUUGAUAAACUACCGAGGGUUGUAAAAUGCCGAUUCAUUUGUAAAUGGUUGUACAUUAUAUUUUUGGAAGUUAUUUAUAACAAGGAAACUCCCAGCCAUUGGAAAGUUUGGCUGCAAUUCCUCGUCUCAA